AUGAUCGCUGCAAAGAACUACAAAUUUUCUAAUUUCCUCAAACGUCCUCUUUAUUACAAUCCAGAUAUUGACAUUUUAUGGGUCAGAGGAAAUCCUCUGUUUGUGAUUGAGUAUCAUGGUACAAAUAUGCGCUGGCUGACUUUGGAGGUUCUGUCUCGGAAGAGACGUAAACUUCCCUUGGGCCCAUACUUAUUUCAAUCCGUUGCUCUCGACUUUGCCGAAAUCAUGGCACAUGACAUAGUUGCGUUUUCACGGGGGUACGGGAGUAAGUACUAUCGUCUGGCUUGGUACUACGCUUUUUCUGCAAUGGAGGUGAAAAAAGUUUACAUUGUCUACUCUUCUGGAGAUCGGAGAGAUGAAGUUGACCAGGCAGUGGAACACUUGAUGGAUACUAUCAAGACUAUUGCUUCAAGUAGCGUUCAUAAUCGCAGCGUCAUCCAAAAACUCAAAGAAAAGAACGAACGAGACGGUACGAGCUUGACUGAGUGGGAGAUACCUUCGGUCGAAGCAAUUUUGGACACCCGACUUCUCAAUCCCAUUGAAACUUUCCACAACUUCUCUAAGCUUGCUCUCGAACUACAACGCAAGAUCUGGGAGUAUGCUGCCAUUCCAAAUCAUCGAGCCAUUUAG